AUGAGCGAAGCAUCGAAAAAGGCCAAUGCAAGUGAGUUUAGGGUACUGUAAUAUGAGCAAUGAGGUAAUUUGGGGGAUUUUCAGACUACUGUAGUUUUUGACGCGAAAAUUUAAAAAAUUCAAAAAUUAUUUAUUUUUUCGAAAUUUCUGAGAUACAGUAGUUUUAGACACGAAAAUUUUGAAAUUCAACUUUUUCUCGAAAAAAAUCUUGAUAAUCCUCUGCUAACAUGAGCAAUACAAUAUUUCUUGGCGCGAAAAUUUUAAAUUCAAACCUUUUUCAACUAAAAAUUCAUUUCAAAAAUUAAUUACGAUCAAAAAUCCCCAAUUUUUUCAGCAAUAAUGGAAAAAACAAUGGAUGGCGAUUCAACACCAGUCAAUAAUGAAUUGACAAUAACAAAUAAAGAAUUGGGAUUAGGAGAAAGUGAGCUGGAAACAACGACAACUUCAAAAUUGGAAACAAAACGAGAACUUUUUUCAAAUCAGGCUGAAUUUAUAUUAACUUCGCUUGGUUUGGCUGUGGGAAUUGGAAAUAUUUUGAGAUUUCCGACAAAAGCUUAUCAAUUUGGAGGAUGUGAGUUGAAAAAUUGAGAACUCAAAAUUCUUGCAAUCAUAAAAAAUCCACUGUUUCAAAAAAUCUUGAAAUAAACUCGAUCAAAUAGUAAAUUUGCUCUACACUUCUUAAGACGUUAGAUUAAAAUUUUAAAUUUAAGGUUGUUAAGGAACUUCAGAUAAUGUUUUUUGAUUUUAUCUUAGCAAAGUUAGAUUUUUCGGACAGAAAUUAAUGUUCUAGAAAUUAUGGAGACCCAACCACAUUGAUCAAUCCCUAAAUUUUCAAAAAUUAGCCUUGAAUACAAUUUUUGAAACAGUACAUUUUCCUGGAUUUUUAAAAAGUAUUUUUUCAAAAUUUAAAAGAUAUUUGCAAUUUUUGUAAGUACUUCUGAAGAGUUUUUUUUCUAAAAAAAAACCACUGUUUCAAAAAAAAUUUAAGAGAUUUUUUGGAGAAAAAUCACUGUUACUACAAAUAAUUUCAGGGAAAAGCAGCAAUUCUCAAAUAUUAGAAAUUUAGCUCAUAAAAUUUUGAAACAGUAAAUUUUCUAAAGUUUUUUUUCAAAAUUUAAAAAAUUAACUGCAAUUUUUGUAAGUAUUUCUGAAGAGUUUUUUUUUAAAUCCACUGUUUCAAAAAAUCUCGAAAGAAACUGGUUAAAUAACAAAUUUGCUCCAGUUUGUUUAUACCAAAGAAACUUUUCAAAAUUAAGGUUCUUAAGAAACUUAAGGUAAAGUUUUUGAUUUUUUGUUAGGAAAGUGAGAUUUUUUGGGGGAAUAAUUACUGUUCUAACUAUUUCGGAGAGCGAAAUCAAUUCUGAAAUAUUCGAAAUUUAGCUCAUAACAUUUUGAAACGUAAAUUUUUCCGGAUUAAAACCAAAAACCAUUUUGUUGGAAAAACAUUGGAACAUGUUUUUAAUUUUUGAAAAUUACACUAGAGAUCCCAGAAAGUUAGAGACACAAGUGCUUAGAAAUUUAGAGUAACUCUAGAGAUUAUUUAUAACUGCCAUGUCAUAUCCGCUCACAUUGUCAUUUUAAAACCGCGAAAAAUUAUAUGAAAAUUUUGAAACAGUGAUUUUUUUUUCAAAAAAAAAUUCCAGGAUUUUUUUUCAAAAAUAAUUCAAAUUUACAGCGGCCUUCCUAAUCCCCUACUUGAUAGUCUCCUACAUUUUCGGCCUUCCCGCAGUCUAUUUCGAACUUCUUCUCGGCCAAUAUCAAUCAACAAGUCCACCAAUUGUUUUUCGUCGAAUUAUGCCAAUUCUAGAAGGUGUUGGUUGGCUUUCAACAAUAACAUCCGCACUGAUUUCGAUUUAUUACGCAGUUGUGAUUUCAAUGUCAGCUCUUUAUACAAUCAAAGUUUUCCAAGGUGAUUUCAAUGUUUGGAGUAGUUGUGAUAACUCGUGGAAUAUUAAGAAUAUUUGUGUUGAAACAUUGGCUCAAAAACAAUGUCAGAAUGAAAAUAAUGGAACAGAUUCGAGUCUAGAUUUAAUAUUUAUCAAUGGUGAAUGUCGAAAUAAAACAGAUUUUGAAGGGAAUCAUUUGAUGCUUCCAACAGAACAAUAUUUAUUAUUUCAUUUGAAUCAAUUAUCGAGUGGAAUGUGGGAUAUUAGCAAUAUUAAUUGGCAAGUUUUUGGAGCGAUUACGGUGGUUUGGAUUAUUGCUGGAUGUUUGGUUUGGAAACGAAUUGGAAAAGCGGGUUAUGUGAGUUUUUCCGACUUUAGUGUGUUCAUCAAAAAUACAUAUCCCAGUUUAUGUUUAUGAGAAUUUUGAAACAGUGAAAUUUUGGGAAUUUGAGAAAAACAUUAAGAAUAAAAAAAUUCAUCACUAGCAUCAGAAACUCCCAAUUCAAAUAUAAAAAUUUUGAAACAGUGAAAAAUUACUAUUUCAAAAUGGUUUUGAAUAUAUUUUUAAUAGAAGAAUUCAUCAAUGUACGAUUAAAAGUAGAAACUGCAUAUGAUUUUAAAUAAUUUUUGAAACAGUGGAAUUUUGUGUAUUCCAAAAAAAUCUUUCAAUAAACGAAUUUAGAUCGAAUUCGUAUUAAAAUUGUAGUAUUUUUGAAACAGUGAAUUUUUGGGAUUUUCAUAAUUCUACAGAAAAAUGAGAAAAUCUGUAGUUUUGCAAUUUUUUCUUUUGAAAAUUACUGUUUUAAAGCAUCCGCAUGCAUCAAAAUCAGAAGCUCCAAAUUUAAUUAUAAAAUUUUUGAAACAGUGAAAAUUUGAAUUGAAAAAUUGUCAGAAUUGAGAUCCCGUAAAAAAACUAUCAAACUAAAAAAAUUCUUGAAACAGUAAUUUUUUUCAAAAAAAUUUUCCGUAUUUUUUUCAAUAAACGAAAUGAGAUAAUCGAAAUCAUAUUAAAAUUGUAGUAUUUUUGAAACAGUGAAUUUUCACUAUAAAUUCAGUAUCAUGAUAAAAAUAUUGAAAAAUGUUUUUUUUUGAAAUGAAGCUCUGUUCACCAAAAUUCAAAAAUUAUCCCUAGAUUCAUGAAAAUUUUGAAACAGUGAAAAAUUAAAUUUAAAAAAUUGUCACAAUUGAGAUCCCGAAAAAAACUAUCAAACUUUUAAAAUGCCUGAAACAGUAAUUUUUUUCAAAGUUUUUUAAAAGCUAUCCAAUCAGAUUAAUCGAAUUCAUAUUAAAAUUGUAGUAUUUUUGAAACAGUGAAUUUUCACUAUAAAUUCAGUAUCACGAUAAAAACAUUCGGAAAUGUUUUUUUUCAGAAUAAAAACUAUGUGAGCACUCAAAUUCAAAAAUUAUCCCCAAAUUCAUAACAAUUUUGAAACAGUGAAAAAUUAUUAUUUCAAAAUCGUUUUGAAUAUAUUUUUAAUGUACGAAAAAUUAUUAAAAGCAGCAUUAAAAGUAGAAACUCCAUGAUUUUAAAUAAUUUUUGAAACAGUGGAAUUUUGUGUAUUCCAAAAAAAAUUCUAAUUGCUCAAAAAAGAAUAAUUUCUCAUGGAAAACCUGUAGAUCUGCAACUUUUUCUUGAAAAAACACUGCUUCAAAAACUUUAUGGAUAAAAUAUGAAUUUUUAAAAUUUGAUCUUCUAUGUUCAACUAGCUUAUCAAAAUCAGAAGCUUGAAAUUCAAUUAUUGAAAUGAUUCGUGGUUCAAUGACUCUAGAAAUUCCAAAUUUAAUAAUAUAAUUUUUGAAACAGUAAAUUUUUGGGAUUUUCAUAAUUAUACAGGAAAAUGAGAAAAUCUGUAGUGUUGAAAUUUUCUCUUUUGAAAAUUACUGUUUCGAAAUUUUUAUAGAAUGUAUUGAUUGAAGAAUUGAAAGCAGAAGCUCCAAAUUUAAUUAUAAAAUUUUUGAAACAGUGAAAAUUUUAAUUGAAAAAUUUUCAGAUCAAGGGAUUUUUUAAUCCCCAAAAAACUAUCAAGCUAAAAAAAAUGUUCCGUAUUUUUUUUCAAUAAACGAAAUUAGAUAAUCGAAUUCGUAUUAAAAUUGUAGUAUUUUUGAAACUAUAAAUUCAGUAUCAUGAUAAAAAUAUUCGGAAAUGUGUUUUUUUUCGGAAUGAAAUCGAUCUCAUACAUAAAAUGUGUCCCCAGAAUCGGGGUGAGGGGCUUAACUUUUUUCGAAAAUCUGAAGGGAAGGGUGCCUAACUUGGCCAAUUUUCUGCUGAUAAUUUACCAAAAUUCCCAGAUUUGUCCAAAAUUCGCUCAAAAAUGUGAGGAAGGUGUUUAACUUUGGAAAAUUUUCAAGGAGGGACCCUAACUUUGAAAACUGACUCGGUGGACCUUUUUUAUGUAUGAUCGAUCUACUCACUAAAAUUCAAAAAUUAUCCCCAAAUUCAUACAAAUUUUGAAACAGUAAAAUUCUGCCUCGCACAACAAUCCAAUUCAAUUUCAGCUCUCCAUAGUUCUACCAUAUGCUCUAAUCCUCGUCCUAUUUUUCCGUGGAGUAACACUUGAUGGCGCCUCAAAAGGUCUCGCCUACUUCUUCCUAUCUCCCAAUAUUUCUCUCCUAUUUUCCCCAAGAACAUGGUGCGAAGCUCUCAAACAACUAUGUUUUUCAUUAUCUUUGGGACACGGUGGCCUAAUGAGUUUAGCUUCAUACAACAGAAGAUCGAAUAACUGCUUCAAAAAUGCGGCGAUUAUAAUCUUUGCUGAUACUUUGAUGAGUUUAAUCGGAGGAGCCGCCGUUUUUUCGAUUCUUGGUUUCUUGGCUGUUCAGCGGAAUGUUGAAGUGCAUGAAGUUGUGGAAAGCGGAGUGUCGUUGUCUUUUGUUGUAUAUCCGGAAGCGUUUACGAUGAUGCCGGUUCCAUUUAUUUGGGCGAUUAUGUUUUUCUUGGUGCUGGUGUUGUUUGGGUUGAAUACGCAGAUUGGUAGGUUCGAGGGGGGAUUUAGGGCAACUUGGAAAAACUAAAAUCUUCACAAGCUCAGUUAGGCUAAGUCCUAGGGCCCGUAUCGAAAUUCGGAAUUUUAAAUUCCGAAAAUCUAAAAAAAAUAUUUUUAAAAUUUUUUGUAACUCCAAAUUCCAGCAGGCCUCAGACCUACCUAAAAUCCUAAGCCUAAAUAAGGCCUGGGUCCAGAAAAGUUCAGAAGGUUCGGAGCCAUUUCAGUAAAUCGCAAGCUUCCGCGCAGCGGCGCUAGCUACCGCUUCAGCGGCCACGCAGUUUACUAUGACGUGGCAAAUGACCCAGGAAGGUUCGGAGCCCUUCCAGAUGCUUGUUUCUUUUGAAUUCCGAAUCCCAGCAGGCCUCAUGCCUACCCAAAAACCUAACGAAAAUCUCCGGGGACUGGUCACACAUUUCCCUCGUAAGCCUAAAGGGCCUUAUCGAUUAUUCACGCGUAUUAAGGCCCUAGGCUUGCCCAAGAUAUACUGGGCCCAAAAAAGUUUGGAAGGUUAAGAGCCCUUCUAGAUGCUUCUUUUGAACUCAGGAUCCCAGCAGGCCCGAAAUCCUAGGCUUUCCCAAUCCAUCCCCAAAUUCUUCCAGCUCAAGUCCAAGUGUUUUGCACAUGUCUCUAUGAUCAAUUUCCAAAUCUUCGAAAUCGUAAAUGGCUUGUCACAUUAUCAUAUUGUCUCCUGUUAUAUCUCCUCACAAUCCUCUUUUCAACAAAUGCUGGUUUUCAUUGGUUCGAAAUGUUCACCGAAUAUAUUGUUGGUUUUCCAUCAGUUUGUGCGAUUACAAUUGAGAUUAUUUGUGUUAUGUAUUUGUAUGGAAUGAAGAAUUUGCGGGAGGAUAUUGUGGAAAUGUUUGGACCGGCGAGCAAUAAAUUUGAGCAAUUUUUGGGAUCACAUUCGAUAUAUUAUUUGAUUAAUUUGAAGUUUAUUAGUCCGAUUAUUGGAAUUGCGAUCAUUUGUUUCUCAUUUAUCCCACAUAACAAUUCCCAUCGAAAAAAAUCAAUUUCAUAUGAUAUUAUUGGUUGGAUAAUUGCACUUCUUCCCCUUAUAAUUAUCCCAAUUUUCUCGCUUCGAAAUGUUCUUUGGUUCAAAAAACAUGGAUUUUUGGCCAAAAGCACUUUGAUGCUUCAAAAACAGCAUCGCUCGUUUUCGAGAAUUCAUCCUGGAGCACAAAUUGAGAAUACGAAUGCCAAGUUUUUGCUGCCGAAUAAGGAACCAUGGGAUUUGCGGAAAAAUGGGGAAUCUGGAGGAGCGAAGGGUGGUGACGUGGCAUUCACGAAAAUCGAUAUUGAUUAUGAUCAUUUGGCGAUGACGACACCCACUAUGAGAAGUGAGAUGAAGACACAGAGGCAGCAGGGUGGAAGAGGUAAGUAGGGGAUUCUUCUGCAAGUUUCCGCCUAGCGGCACUAUGCGGAAACUCGCGGAUUACAAUUUGGUGAUUAGAAAGUUAGAGUAAGUUUAGAGAUGAUUUUCAAAAAUCAGAACACGAUGAUCAAAUAACUAUCAACCACGAAAAAAUAUAUAAAAAUUUUGAAACAGUGAUUUUUUUCUAGGAUUUUUUCUUAGAAAAAAAUUAAUCUGAAAAAUUCGGGAAAUUUUAAUUAGAAUUUCAAGAAAUUUUUUCUGAUCUCAAUAGCAGCUAUCGGAAUAUUAUCAAUCUAAAACCACGGAAAAUUAUAUGAAAAUUUUGAAACAGUUUUUUUUUGUAAAAAAAAUAGGAGAAAGUUUAUAAUUUUUAGAUCAAAAUUUUAAAAUUGAAAAUUUACAAAGAUAAAAAAUCUACUGUUUCAAAAUUUGAAAUAUUUUCAAGCAGGAAAAUUAUCCUUUAAGCAGCUUAUUGAAAUCUUCCAAAAUAUUAGACUUUUUUAGAAACAGUGAUUUUUUGUGAAAAAAAAAUGCCAGAAUUUUUCAUUUGUGAAUUUAGAGAUGAUUUUCAAAUUUUCAAAUUUGGGAAAUUUUUAUGAUAGCAGAUGAAUUAUCAAAUUACUAUCAACCACGAAAAAUGAUAUGAAAAUUUUGAAACAGUGAUUUUUUUUGUCAAAAAAUUUUUGGGAUUUUUUAUUAUGAGGGAAGUUUAGAAUUUUUUCCCUAAAUUUUGAAAUUGAAAAAUUACAAAGCUAAAAAAAUCUACUGUUUCAAAUUAUUUUAUAUUUUGAGACUGGAAAAUUAUCCUUUACAAUUAGUUGAGCAGCUCAUUGAAAUCUUCAAAAAUAUUGGAUUAAUUUUGAAACAGUGAUUUUUUCUUAUAAAAUACAUUGUCAUCAUGAGUUAAUUUGAAAAAUUCGGGGAAUUUUAACUAGAAUAUCGAGAAAGUAUUAAAGAAGAACUAUCAUCAAUCUGAAACCACGAAAAAAUAUGAAAAUUUUGAAACAGUGAUUUUUUUUUUGUCAAAAAUUUUUAGGAUUUUUUAUUAUGAGGAAAGUUUAGAAUUUUUAGACCGAAAUUUUAAGAUUGAAAAAUUACAAAGCUAAAAAUCUACUGUUUCAAAUUGUUGUUAACUUUUAAUACUGGAAAAUUAUGCUUUGUAUUGAAAAUUUCCUCUCUUCAAAAAUAUUGGAUUAAUUUUGAAAUAGUGAUUUUUUCUAGAAUUGUUUCUUAUAAAAUACAUUGUCUUCAGAAACUAAUUUGAAAAAUUCGGGGAAUUUUAAUUGGAAUUACAAGAAAUUUUCAGCAGUUAUCUUACUAUUAUCAAUCUAAUCUAAAACCACGAAAAGAUAUAUGAACAUUUUGAAACAGUGAUUUUUUUUGUCAAAAAUUUUUUGGGAUUUUUUAUUAUGAGAGAAGUGUAGAAUUUUAGACCAAAAUUUUGAGAUUGAAAAAUUACAAAGCUAAAAAAUCUACUGUUUCAAACUUUUUAAAAAUAUUUUCAGGCUUUAUCCUUUGGUUGAGCAGUUUAUUAAAAUCGUCAAAAAAAUUAGACUUUUUUGAAACAGUGAUUUUUUUCUAGGAUUUUUUCUUAUAAAAUACAUUGUCAUCAUGAAUUAAUUUGAAAAAUUCGGGAAAUUUUAAUGAGAAUUUCAAGAAAAUUUUUCUAAUCUCCGUAGCAGUUAAUUUUUUACUCUCCUUAGUGCUCCUUAGUGCUAUUAUCAAUCUAAAACCACGAAAAAUUAUAUGAAAAUUUUGAAACAGUGAUUUUUUGUGUCGAAAAAUCUUAGGAUUUUUUAUUAUGAGAAAGUCUAGAAAUAUUAGACCAAAUUUUAAGAUUGAAAAUUAUCAAGCUAAACAUUUACUGUUUCAAAUUUUUGUUAAAUUUUCAUGCUGGAAAUUUUCAUGCACAGUGAUUUUUUCUAGAAUUUUUUCUUAUAAAAUACAUUGUCAUUAUAAAUUAAUUUGAAAAAUUCGGGAAAUUUUAAUUCGAAUUUUAAGAAUUAAAUGAAGAACAAUUAUCAAUCUAAAACCACGAAAAAAUAUAUGAAAAUUUUGAAACAGUGAUUUUUUUUUGUCAAAAAAUUUUUGGGAUUUUUUAUUAUGAGAGAAGUUUAGAAUUUUAGACCGAAUUUUGAGAUUGAAAAUUUACAAAGCUAAAAAAUCUACUGUUUCAAAUUUUUGUUAUAUUUUCAUGCUGGAAAAUUAUCAUUUGAUUAAAAUUUCAAAGUAGAUUUGACUAAAACCAGCCACGUCAUUCUCCUAAAAAAUUUCUAAAAUUUCCAGAAGAAUAUGAAAAUGAAAUUGAAACGGUCAGUGUUUACACGGAAAUUCUCAACGAUUUACGUGUGGAAGUUGGUGGAAUGAGAAAAGAUAUUCAAAAGAUCAAAGAUCAAUUGGAAGAUAUUCGAGAAGAUUUGACGAUGGGAAAUAUGUCGGCGGGUACGAAAGCGAAUUCAAAUUCGAACUCGAAAUCUGUUGAACCCGUGAAAAAACAAGUGGAUUCGGCGGUGAAAAGUGUGAAAAAAUCGGAAACAACGAAUAUUCAGCCGAGUAUCAAAAAAUCAAAAUCAAAUUCGAAGAUUAACAAAUAA